GAACGUUUUUGUUGAUGAGGGCCUGGCCGGCUUUGCUGCAUUGCCUGCCACAGAAUUAUUGAUAUUCUUCUUUUUCCUUUCGCAGCUCAAACGCCAUGAAUCUAGCACUUUGUCACGCACCGGCCCAGAUGGCACAAAAUGUUAUGCCUUCUAUCAAAUACCUACUGACGAGCUCUUUGGAUUCUUAGCAGAGAAUUUCGCUGCGCUGCCCACGCCUGAGGGGACCGGCAAAUGCCAGCAGGUCGGCCUUUACCCGGCCGUCUAUCGGAGUCUCUCACCAUGGUGCGCGGUGUAUACCUCUUCCCCACGACCCCUCAGGCUCUUCGUUCUCGUCAUGUAUCGGUGGACCCUUCAAUCCACACUCCACAAAACCAGAGGUUGUGCCGCCGGGUCAGCGAGGACAGACAGGCCAUUCGCUGCAAACCUUCCGAUCCUGUGUCGAGCCAGGCAAGGGAUGGGGAGGUGCAACGAAUUGGCUAUAGGCCUCAGGAGGGCCAUUAUCGAAAACGGAACAAAGCGCUGCAGCAGGAUGCAUACGCAGGUCACAGGUUGCAGUGGUGUGCAACAUUCUCGCACUGGACAAGUCUGCGACUCUCCGCCAAGGUCCAAGGUCAACAAUCCGCCAAGAUCGCAAGAGAACCACCGGAUGGAAAGGAAAAGCGGGGGUUGGGUCCUCUAGGAAGCGUGCAAGAUCUUCCUGCGUCUCCGCCAGAGGCCUCCGCUUCAAAGGUCACUCCUCUCUCGGGCACGCCGUCUCCUCCAAAUGCCAAGACUUGUGCCCAGCACUGUGGCACUCUCCCAACAUCUCCACGUAUUCCUCGAAUCCUCCCUCAGACUCCGUAUGGAUACGUCCAGCCAGACUCUCAAUGUCUGGGCGUUUGAGCCAAGCUCUGCUGCUCUUGUCGCCCGAUGGACCCCCCUCUGGCCACCGUCUUGACCGUCUUGUCGUUCCGUCUCGCUGCCUCAAGAGGUUACAGAUGCUCGAUUUCGGGCCCCAUGCUCUCCCCUGACUCGGGCCUCCGAGUUCCCCUCCACGGCUCCGGUCGACGUUCAAAUCAGGCCGGCGCUGUCUGCAGCACCACAGGCACAAC